CUCGAUGAGGCAGCUGCGAGAGGGGAAAAGUUGACGUUGUUGAAACUGAGCGAAAAAUGCCGGAAAAAUCUCCACUGCGAAAUUGAAGGAGUGGCAGUUGCUACCAUCAGCCUUCUCAAGUCGAGUCAUUUGAGGGAGACUUUCGAUGCUACUGCAUACUCUGUGAAUUCCUAUAUCGAAAAACGAAGAACGUCCUCACCGCGGUCCAUUUGGGAGUUCACUCAUCGUGAAAUCGAGAGUAGCGUGUCCCGAGUUUUCGAUAGUCGGGCGCCGCAAGUGGAACUAAAUGUGAACGAAGAAAAGCUGCGGAUUGUUGAGAGGAAGCUGAACCAUGGACGGCUUGAGAUCGCUGCGACUGUUGAUAAAGAUAUGCCUCCGCAGAAGAUUCUUUCUGACCAGGAAAUUCAGGAGCUGCGGAAAUACGAUGGAGAAGGGGAUCCUCUGGAAGCAGUUCGGAAAGCAAUUCGUGUCCCAAGGCGGUUCGAUCUCUACGGCAAAAGAGUGGCUUCUUAUUUGGUGUGUGAGUAG